AUGAAGCUGCUCUUGGUGUUCUGUUGUGUGUGCUCCAUUCUGGCUCUGAGCUACGCACAUCAGAUCAAUAAUGGAUGGUCAAAGUCACUAGCUCAUUAUGACCGCUGUGAGGGUAUUGAGUUUGACGCCAUAGCUCCUGAUGAGAAAGGAAACGCACUCUUUUUUAAAGGUGACCAUUUAUGGAAGGGGUUUUCAGGCCCUGCUGAGCUUGCAAAUGGUACAUUCCAGGAAUUAGAUGAAUAUCAUCACCUGGGUCAUGUGGAUGCAGCCUUCCGCCUGCAUAAUAAAGACGAGGAAGAUGGCAAACAUCAUGACCAUGUCUUCUUCUUUCUGGAUGACAAAGUCUUUAGUUACUACAACUACACUUUGGAGGAAGACUUCCCUCUGAAGAUCGAGCAGGUGUUUCCAGGUGUUCCCAGUAACCUCGAUGCAGCAGUGGAGUGUCCAAAAGGAGAGUGCAACACUGACUCGGUCCUGUUCUUCAAGGGACAUGAUGUGUACCACUUUGAUAUCAAGACCAAGACGGUGAAGAAGAAGGUGUGGGAUCGCUUGCCUGUCUGCACAGCUGUGUUCCGCUGGCGUGAGCACUACUACUGUUUCCAUGGUCAAAACUUCACCAGAUUUCAUCCCGUGUCUGGAGAAGUGGAAGGGGAUUAUCCCAAGGAAACUCGACGUUACUUCAUGAGAUGCCCAAAUUAUGGUCAUGGGGCUGGUCAACGUAGGCCUCAAUGUAAACUUGAUGCCAUCACCACAGACAGCACUGGCAAAUCAUAUGCUUUUAUAGACACAUUAUACGUUAGAUUGGACUCACAGCGUGACGGCAUUCAUCCUUUCCCCAUUGUACGAUUAUGGAAGGAAGUCUCAGGACGUGUCGAUGCAGUGUUCUCUUUUGAUGAAAAGAUUUACAUCAUCCAGGGUGAUCAAAUCUAUAUCUACAAAUCAGCAUCAUAUUACACACUCAUAGAGGGCUAUCCUAAACCAUUGAAGGAGGAGUUGGGCAUCGAGGGACCCGUGGAUGCUGCAUUUGUAUGUGACCAGCAUUUUGUACAUGUUAUACAAGGUCAGAAAAUUCUCGAUAUUGAUCUGAAAGCGACCCCAAGAGUUGUGAGGUCUGAGGUUUCACUGCCCUUCCUUAAAAUUGAUGCUGCUACAUGCUACCAUGAUGGUGUGAAAGUGUAUGUUGGUGGGGAAUACUACACGUACAAGACCACUCUCCUACUGGCUGCAAGCAAGGUUAAGCCAGUAGCCCAAAAGAUCCCAUCUGAAUUGUUUGGUUGUGAAGAAUAG